CCGAAGCUGGAGCGAUGGCCCGGGUCUGGAGCCCGCGGCCGCCGCCGCCCCUGCUAGUGAGUCGAGAGCAGCCGGGGCCGGAGCCAGAGCGGGGUUCAGAGUCGUGGCUGGAGCGGAACCGGUGCGUGUGAGUUGCCAAAGUCGCCUGUGCCGGAAGAACUCAAACUCCGCGGGAGCGUUUCAGGCGGGCGGAGCAAGCAACCUAUCCCCCGGCCAGCACCGCGUCCCCCCGGCCCGGACAGCACGGCUGGGGUUUCCCGAGGCACGGGAUCGGCUCCUCCCAGGCCAGGUACUCGGAGCCAGGCUCCUUUCAAACUCAGAACGGAAGCCUGAGAACUGUAUCAUCCAAACCCCAGCCGGCUUCCUGGCCCCGGGAUUUUCUCUGCGUUCAGACAGUGUCAGGGUUGAGCCUCUCUUGCCGCCACCACUCCAGCCAGGGACUGGCGAGUUCCCACUGUGCUCUGCGUCUCCUCCUCUCCCAUUCAAGAACAAGUUUCUUUUCGCUUUCCAUUGGAAAUCCCGUCUCGGAGGUCCACAGUACCUACCCGGGUGUCCCUCCCCAGCUGCUGGAGCACUCUUGGUAGUACUGGCUGUUUAUCAGGGCCGAUUGGCUUAGCUUUUUUUGUUCUGGGAAGAUAAAAGUUGCCCGUUCUCACCUAAUUAACUGAUACUCCAUGUCCAGGGCUUUAUCCGUUUGGAUCACCAACUCCUUGACCCGCUCUCUGUGACUUCCCCCACCCCUCUGAGUUUCAGUUUCCUCUGGGCUCCAUUCUCCAGCCCCCAGCGGAUCUGGUCAGUCCCACCCCUGGGUGGGAGUGAUCAGGGGGCUCUGGCCCAGGAUUUCUCACCCUGGAAGGCAGCUCCAAGUCAACAAGAGAAGUGGGCCUCGGGUACGAACCUGGCAGCUCAGGAGUGGGUGCACCACUCACCCCACACAAAAAGAUGAAAAAGCGCAAAGAGCUCAAUGCGUUGAUCGGCUUGGCUGGGGACAGAAGAAAGAAGUCUAAAAAAGGUUCAAGCAGCCAUCGUCUGCUUCGCACCGAGCCACCUGACUCAGACUCCGAGUCCAGCUCAGAAGAGGAAGAGGAAUUUGGUGUCGCUGGAAAUCACUCUCGCUUUGUCAAGGGAGACUAUUUACGAUGCUGCAAGAUCUGUUAUCCCCUCUGUGCUUUUGUCAUCCUCGCGGCCUGUGUUGUGGCCUGUGUUGGCUUGGUGUGGAUGCAGGUUGCUCUCAAGGAGGAUCUGGAUGCCCUCAAGGAAAAAUUUAGAACAAUGGAAUCUAAUCAGAAAAGCUCAUUCCAGGAAAUUCCCAAACUUAAUGAAGAACUACUCAACAAACAAAAACAACUUGAGAAGAUUGAAUCUGGAGAGCUGGGCUUGAGCAAAGUCUGGAUCAACAUCACAGAAAUGAAUAAGCAGAUUUCUCUGUUAACUUCAGCAGUAAACCACAUCAAAGCCAAUGUUAAGUCAGCUGCAGACUUAAUUAGCCUGCCUACUACUGUAGAGGGACUUCAGAAGAGUGUAGCUUCCAUUGGCAAUACUUUAAGUAGUGUCCAUCUCGCUGUAGAGGCAAUGCAGAAAACUGUGGAUGAACACAAGCAAACCCUGGAGUUACUACAGAGUGAUAUGAAUGAGCAUUUCUUGAAGAAGACCAGUGGAAGCAACCAGAUCAUCUCAUCGCCUUCAGCUAUAUUGGAACUUGACAAUAAAACCCACAGUGAGAACUUGAAACAGGAUAUCCUGUACCUUCACAACUCUUUAGAGGAGGUAAACAGUUCUGUAGCGGGGUACCAGAGACAGAAUGAUCUUAAACUGGAAGGGAUGAAUGAGUCACUCAGUAAUCUUACACAGAAAGUCAACCUGAUAGAAAACGAUGUGGUUGCUUUGACCAAGGUAGAAAAGAGAAGAAACCUGACCUCCAGCAUGAUAAGGAAUAGAGCUGCCACUCUGAAAAGAGAAUCUUUGGAUAAAGUAACCAACAGAACUGAUACCAUAAAAACCCAAACCAUAAAGAAAGAAGAUAGUUCACAUUCUCAGGUAUCCAAGCUACGAGAGAAACUGCAGCUGAUCAGUGCUCUCACAAACAAACCUGAAAGCAACAGGCCUCCAGAGACCACAGAUGAAGAGCAAGUACAGAGUUUCACAUCAAAGCCAUCAGCAUUGCCAGAAUAUUCACAUCUUCUUGGAGACCAUAUUGAGAAAGCAUCCCAGCUAAAACCUGUCUCCUUACCAGGAAUUUCUAGCUUUGAAGAUCUUCAGGAUUUAUUCCACAAGACUGACCAGGAUGUGGAUGGGAAGUUGACCUACCAAGAAAUCUGGAGCUCCUUAGGUUCUACCAUGCCAGAACCAGAGAGCUUGAGAGCAUUUGAUUCCAACGGAGAUGGAAGAUACUCAUUCCUAGAGCUAAGAGUAGCUUUAGGUGUCUAGACUCAUCAGGCAUAUUUUGAAAUGGAUAUAAACCCUGAAACUACCUAGAAUCUACUUACCCAACAAAAACAACCCUUUUUCUUAUCCAUCAGCCCUCUAGUCCUCCAAACUACUUACUAUAGCAAACACAUUGCCACCUUUUAACUUGUUUGAAAAAGCUAUAUAAAAGUUAUUUUUUUAAAAAAAGAAAACCAUUUUAUUUAUAAUAUAAUGUUCAGAAAUCUAUGAUUUCUUGAAUCUAGUAAGAUCUUACAUUUUUAAAUUGCC